GAAAGCGUGAGAAGGAGAGCGGUAGCGAGUCAGAAGAAUCAAGUUCAGAUGACACCAGUAGUUCAAAUGAUUCCGAGUCAGAUUCAGAUUCAGAUAUAUUCAAUCCUUCACAUGUUUUGAAGAUGAAGGGAGAAAUGGUGCAGGUCGACCCCAGCAGUUUUUUCGGACAGGGCCCUCAAACAACAGAUACCAGUUUGGGGGCCACAAUUACAGAGGACAACAGAGCCAGAGAGGCAGAGGUUCAGCAAAGUUUCCUCUUUCCAGAAAGACAGAAAAUCAGUAGAAAUGAAGACAACAAAACAGCGAUGACUUACAUCAACAAAAUGGGUGGAACAGUAUCCAAGGCGUGCAAUCAGUUAGCAUUAGAUCUCUGGGAAUGGUGUCUGAAAAAGAGUAUCUCAAUGAGAGCAGAAUUCAUUCCGGGAAAGGAAAAUGUCAUAGCAGACUGGGAGUCCAGACAUCACAAGGACUCAAGCAGUUGGGGGUUAGAUCCAUACGUAUUUCAAAUUCUAAUGAACAGAACAAUAGAAUGCAAAGUAGAUCUGUUUGCAGACAGAACCAAUGCCAAACUAGACAAGUUCAUCAGUUGGAUGCCAGAUCCAGAAGCAAUGGCACACAAUGCACUGUUGCAUCCCUGGGUGGGAAUAAGGGGGUAUGCAUUUCCCCCGUUUUGUCUCAUUUCUCAAUGUCUGAGCAAGAUUCAGAGGGAAAAAGCAACGAUUCUCCUUGUAACCCCAGCAUGGUCAGCCCAACCAUGGUAUGCAACAAUUCUGAAGAUGUGCAUUCAGGAUCCCAUUCUCCUCCCAAUAAUUCCCAAUCUCCUAAUGUCAGACAAGGGAGAACCUCACCCACUAGUGAGGAACAACUCACUCCAGUUAGUCGGAUGGGUUGUCUCAGGAGAUCCAUGCAAACAAUGCACUUAUCGCAAGAGACUGAAGAUCUCAUCUGUAACUCAUGGGGAAAGGGCACAACAUCUUCUUACAAUUCAGCCUGGAAAAAGUGGGUUAGCUGGUGUGUCAGAAGGGAGGUUGAUCCAUUUUCAGCCCCUAUAAGCUUUGUAUUAGAUUUUUUAAGCUAUUUGUAUUAUGAGGGGUUUCAGUAUAGAACAAUUAAUGUUCACAGAUCUGCUCUUUCCUCUGUGAUGCCUCAUGUCAAUAAUUUGCCCAUUGGUCAGCAUUCCAUGGUAAAACUUCUAAUGAGAGGUAUUUUAAGAGGAAAUCCCCCCUUACCAAGAUAUAAAGAGACAUGGGAUGUAGAUAAGGUUUUGAAUUAUUUUAUUUCACUCCCAAGUAAUGAAGAACUCUCUCUAAAACUCUUGUCAAAAAAGUUGGCUAUGCUUUUAGCUAUUGCUGCCCCAAAAAGAGUUUCAGAAAUAGCAAGAUUAGAUAAGGGUUUCAUGCAAGUUAUACCAUCAGGUGUUAAAUUUCUUUUGCCAGGGUUGUCAAAGACGCAAAGAGAUUGCAGUUCAAAAGAAGUGUUUUAUGCACGUUUUCCAGAUCAUGAAAAACUGUGUGUAGUUGAAUGUUUACUUGAGUAUUUACACAGAACAAAGACAUUUCGGACUCUUAAUGAACAUUCAGGUGAUCCAAUAUUACGGUCGGUUAUUAAGCCACAUAAAGGUUUAACAGCCAAUACAGUUUCAAAUUGGAUAAGGGAUGUUAUGGCCAUGGCAGGUAUUGAUACUGCUAAAUUUAAGCCUCAUUCAGCUCGUAGUGCAUCAACCAGUAAGGCCUUUAAAAAAGGUACAUCUGUAAAUGAGGUAUUAGAAAUGGCAGACUGGUCACAUGCAGGAACCUUUUAUAAAUUUUAUUGUAGGUCUACAUGCUUAGAUAAAUCAGAUGGAUUUUCCAAAGCAGUUUUGACUUUAGGUUAGUUUGAGCUUUGAACCUGCAAUGUUAUAUCUUAUGAUGUUUUCUGAAAUAUAAUUGAAGAUUUUAUGAGGGCAUAUUGCCCGAAAUGAAAUAUUGAUUAUAUGAAGAAAACUCAUAAGAUAUAACAUUGCAAUCCCUCCACAACCCACCCAUAAUCAGAUUUUUUAUAAUAC